AUGGUUUGUGGAGAUUGCGAAAAGAAGUUGGGGAAAAUUGUUGGCGUGGAUCCGUAUCGAAACAAGAAAGUCAAUCGGAAUGCGGACGGAACUGGUCCCAAGACAAUGACUACUAAGAAUCGGCUGAUUGGAGUUCAGAAAAAAGCUACAAUCGUUGGUGCCAAAUGCAAACUUUGCAAAAUGCUGAUUCAUCAGCCAGGAAGUCACUACUGCUCCACGUGCGCAUACCAGAAGGGAAUUUGUGCAAUGUGUGGAAAAAAGAUUCUCAACACAAAAGGUCUUCGCCAAAGCAUCACAUAA